AUGACCAUCGUCUUACUAGUACCACGUCUGACAAUCUGAGUUUCUGGGCUUCUCAUUGAACCAAUAUAUGCUGUAAAAAUGACUACAGACAGCAUUCGCUCUCAUUCUCCAGACUCGCGGAUGGAAAGUAUGAAUCCUCGCCCGAAUCGUAUCCCAUCGCAGCAACCUCGCAACGAUCGAACGAAAGACGAGACGUCUUCCAAUCCGAAGAGAGACUUUAAGCCACCUCAAAAUGUGCAAGCGACGAAUUUCCAAACUGUCAAAUACCGUAUGCCAAUAAGUGGGACAUAUGUAAUCGAUCCAGGCCUCGAGAUGCCUGCCGAUCUCAUCGUAGACAAUCCUACGAAGAAGUCCAACCUUACUCUUGAAUGUGGAAGGGGAAGUAUCGCCGCUGAUAUUUGGCUUGUGACGGAAAGUAUGUCUCAGCUAGGCAUCAGGAAUGAUGCGAGAAGGGCAGUGAUAGACGUCCAUUGCAAAUCGUGGUUAGGUAAAGUCGACGUUCAGCUGUUCAAUACCUCCGUUUACCCGUUCACACUAUCAGCUUCAUCUAAUGGUGGUGACAUCAACAUCGCACUCCCUUCGGACUUCGUGGGACCGGUAACGCUCAGCACCGGCUCAAUUUACGAUAAUCUACGUUUGAGUUCUUUUACUCCAUUCGCACCAUCUGCAGAACGCGAAUCAAGCUCGGGAACGUCCGGCCACUCUGAAGUACGAACGGUCCCAUUUAGCACGUCAUUCGAAUUUUCCGACGCCGUGAAAGCUCGUCUCGUAACCUUUUCAGAAACUGGCAGUGCAAGGACUUGUUUCAUCGGCAACUACAGGUCUGCUGGAUACACGAGCAGGAAAAAUUGGUCUGGAUCGAUUGUCGACAUUCAAAGCUCGUUUGGAAGUUUGAAGAUAAGCUUUGUUGGUGAACGUCAAGUUAUGGGGCAAGCAGGUGGUUGUAUGGUCAUGUAGAGCAAGAGAUCUCAUGAAAUAUGUUGCAGUGCCUUGAAAUCUGUCUGCGAUUUUGUUCGUAAUGUUUCUUUGUCAUGCCUGCUAUUGUGGAACUGGAAUGAGACCUGUUUUCCA